ACAGUUGCUGUGGUAGUAAGAGUUCUUAGUGCAGAAUGUCUGGUCGUGGCAAAGGCGGGAAGGGGCUGGGGAAAGGAGGCGCCAAACGGCAUCGCAAGGUUCUCCGGGAUAACAUCCAAGGCAUCACCAAGCCCGCUAUUCGCCGUCUGGCUCGCCGCGGCGGUGUCAAGCGUAUCUCCGGGCUGAUCUACGAGGAGACCCGCGGGGUGUUGAAGGUUUUCCUGGAGAACGUGAUCCGCGACGCGGAGACUUACACCGAGCACGCCAAGCGCAAGACCGUGACGGCCAUGGACGUGGUGUACGCCCUGAAACGCCAGGGCCGCACCCUCUACGGCUUCGGGGGUUAAAUCGCUGCGUAAAGCUUCGUGUCGCUGUUCCACCAAAGGCCCUUUUAAGGGCCACCCACU